UUGUAAGCAAAAGUAACAGUAUUAUGCGAGACAUGACGAAGGGCAUGUUUUGAUGUGUAUUUCGCCCAGGUUCGCUGACCUUCGUGAAUGAAAAUUUUUACGAUUUUUAUCAAACAAUAUCGGGACGUUGUUUGAAGACAUUAUCGCGCGAUCGCAAUGAAUGCCGAGACGAUAAGACUUCGGGAGGCGCUAGAUCCUCCGCGUUCAAAUCGCUCGAGUUUAUUAGGGUUAUCUUCGACGUUACGUCCCGCCAAUUUCGUGCCAGUUGCAUCUCGUCCCAGCGAUGAAAGAAUGAUGCAGAACUCGCGGAAUAGGCUCCCCGAAGGUUGGAGCUCGCCUCAGAGCCCCGAUGAACUCGUCAUUCAAAAUAGAGGUCCACGCAAGCCUAUAGUAUGGUCUCCCGACCAAGAUAAUUACAAGCAUGAGCACAGCUUACUGAGCUUGAGCUCCAAGGAUUGCAGUCCGAUCAAAAGUCCAUCGACACCAGACGCAGCAUUGAGGGAAAAAGCCCGAAAGAGACUUUCCCUCAACGAUUCGCGUCGAUCUGUGUUCACUACGCUGAAAGUUAAGAGAACGUCGUUGGACGCGGUGCACACGAGAGAGCAAUACAACGAUUAUUUACUGAACGGUUUGAAUGGCCUCAAGCAUGAACAACUCGUGCAACUGAUCAUGGAUUUGGUAUACGCGCAGGAGGAUGGUGAGCUGUGCAAGGAUGAGAAACUUCGUAGUGCCAUUUUAAGAAAAAUUCCAGUCAUGGAUAUCCAGUCGUCUCUAGAGAAAUUGGAUGCCCUUAGAGAGACUGUUUAUGCUGUUCUCAUGUUAUCCCCGGAUCCGAGCGACGACUCUACGUGCAGCCACGUUUAUGUACAUCUGGACGCAUUUCAGAAUACUCUGAUCAGUUAUGGAACAAUAUUGUUAGAAUCCGAGCAUUGGACCUUGCUGAUGCAGUACGUACUGAAAGCGUGGAGAGUCACGAGAGAUUUACCAGAGUGGAAAAACCAGGGUCCUUGUAACAUCACACGUAAAUGCUAUAAGACUUUAUCGAAAUUUUGUGAUGAGGCUUUAAGAAGAGGGAAUUUCGAAAUGUCCGAUCUGAACGUUUAUAUUGAAAGUCUUGAAACUAUAGUCAAAGAAUGCAAGGAUUUUCAAGCCUGCCUGCAACUGGCGAAAGAAGCGCGAGGAUGCGACUAGGUAUUUUCUCUGCAAAAUGGAUGGAUGCAUGACAGCUUUACGAGAACAAAUUAUUAUUAAGGAGGAAAGCAAGUUAGCCAUUAAACUAACUUUUAUACAUAUUUAUAUGCGGAGUAAGAUGAAAUUAACCGGUGAGAAGAUUGGAUACAUUAUUUUACAACUGGAGGAAUUCUUUUUCGUCUUCAUAGUGUUAAGUUUUAAAUUAUUUUGUAUACGUAUUGACGCGAACAUAUACAUGUUUUAUAUUUAUCCAUUUACGAGUAUGUUACGUACGCACGGACAUGCGGACGAUACGUAUGAAACUAGUAUGUAUCAUUCGUCAAUUAUUAUUAGCUGUUAUAAAUUACAGAAUGCUUUAAUGUAGUUUUUUUUAUAUCUUCAAGCUGAUAAUUUUCUUUUGUUUAAAAAGAAGAAGUUUCUUAAUUCGUUAACAAAUGUUAACUUCAAAAUUACACGGGGAAUAUAUUAAGCUUCCCAUUAUACUUAUUGUUCAUUGACAAAUGAAGAAAACGGCAAGUAAAAUUAGACUACUUAAUAACUCAACGUAAAAUGACCGAAAGACAGAAAUUUGUCAAGUUGAAUUUUUCACUUAAGGGUAGUUUGUUUGUUUGUCAUACUUGUUCAUGUAAAUAUAUUAAUAUGUAACUUGUUGGCUUAUUGAGGUGUUUGUCUGACUAAUAUUUGCAUAAAAAUGUUUAAAUCUCAUGUUUGUAACUGGUUUUUAACUGAUUUAAAGUUAUUUUAAAUCGACUUUCUAGACACAUUUUUAUAUUGAGAAUGUUUUACCGAAACAUAACAUACAUUUUAAUGUAUAUAGGUUCCGAGGCAUGGUCUUUACUAUGUAGCUACUAUUGCAACAUUGUUGUUGCACAGUAUCUUUCUACUUAUUACAUAAGAAAAUUUGAUAUAUUUAAGAUCCUCUAAAUAUAUUAUCGAUAUAUUUUUCUACAUAGCGAGAUUACUUUUUUUACAUGCAGUGUAAUCGUACCUAUAUUUCUCUCUCUAAUAUAUUUAAAUAUCGUAAUUAUUAUAACAUAUUUAUUAUAAUUUGUCUGAGAGGAAAUGGAUUAACAUCGACGGUAUUAUUUUUUUUAUUAAAAACAAUUUAUUCGUCAUA